AUGAUGAAGGCAUUGUACAAAAGUAUUGUGAACUUUUUGCUCUCCUCGUUUUUUGAAAAUAUUGAAGAGAAGCAGUUGCAGACUUCGCUGAUCAGAGGAAAGGUGCACUUGCAAAAUGUUAAAAUUAAAAAAAACUUUUUUGACUUUUUGUAUUUGCCCUACACGAUUAAGUAUGGGUACAUCCGGUCCCUCGAUUUGCAGAUCCCCUUGCUGUACCUGUUCCAGAAGGCGAGCCUCAAAAUCAGCGACGUGGUGAUCGUGGUGAAGGAGAAAAACUUCAACGAUUUUAACAUUAAUGAAGAAAUAAAUGGAAUAAAGGAAGCAAAAAAGAAUAACCUGAAAAUAGAAGAUAUUAAUAACAAGGAAGAUGAUUUAAAUAAUAAAAUAAACAAAGGAAUUAAUUACCUUCUGUAUGAAUUAUAUAAUAAUAUGUCCAUUGAAAUUGAAAAUUUGGAAGUUAUAUUAGAAAGUGCAGAAAAAAAAAAAAACAUUGUAGGCUUGUCUGUUAAAAGUGUAUCAAGUGUGAAAAGUCAGAGCAGCGCAAAUAAGAUAAAGAAAAAUUUUUCUUUCAGUGAUGUAAUUUUUUACAUGGAAGAUGACAAGGCCAAAUACCAACUUACAAAAAUUAUAAAAAAAGAAGAAAAGAAAAAAAAAAACAAAAGAAAUAUUAACGAGGUAGAUAUAUAUAACAAGAUAAAAGAUGUAUGUACCCAUUUACAUACAAAAAAAUAUAUUAUUUCAGAAAUCCCUCUCAUCGUUUUAAGUACAAAUUUCUACAUUAGUAAUUGUAGCCACUAUUCCUACCGUAAUGCAAAAUUUAUUUUUAAAAAAAAAAACUUCUUCGACAUCACAUGUCCACAUUGUGAUAGGUAUCUGUACCAAUGCAAAGAGGUGAAAAAGGAGAGGUCUUUAUUCAGAAAUAUUUUUCUCGAGAAAGAUGAACUAGAGGCUCGGAAUAAAAAACUUUAUUCUGAGUUGAACGCGGAGGUGUGUAGUAAUAAUGGCGAGACGCCCUUCGGUGGGCUGCGCCAGGUCAACAGGAGGAAAAAGAGGAAGCGAAGGAAAGGGGGAGGUGAUAAGGGGCAAGCGGACGGCGCGAAUGACGCGAAUGAAGUGGAUGACGUGGACGAAGCGGAGGACGACGCAGCAAUGACUGACGUAAGCGUAAGCAGCGACGGGGAGGAGGCAAAAGUGAAUGUCCCACGUGAAGGAGAAGCACCCCCUCUGAGUAACGAAACGAAUGCACCAGCCGCGGCAGCAGAGAAUGCUGCAAGUGGCCCACUAUCUCAUGGAAAAAAAAAAAAAAAAACCCAGAGAAUAUCAAAAUAUAAUAAUAAAAGUCUGUACUAUAGAAUUCAGGACGGAGGUAAAUGUACACAUGUUGAACAGGUAGAUAUACUUGAAGAAAAAAUAAAUGUAAAAGAAAAUGAAUACAUGUGUUUUGAAAUUCAUGUGGACAAAUUGAAUGUGAGAUUAUCCUUUAAGCACCUCAGUUACCUAUCUGAUUUAAUUAUGUAUUAUUCUGUGUAUGGGUGUUUUGUGAAUGGGCUUUACCUAGAGGAGUGGUUAAAUAUACCGGAUGUGAAAGACAUUCUCAUGUAUAAACGGGAGUUAAUAAAAAAGAAGAAGAAGGAAAAGCAUGACAAAGACUUUAUCGAAAAAUUUGAAUACACACACAGCUUCCAAGUCAUAUCUAGUUUAAGGAAGCAUGCCGAGGAGGCCUCUCUGGAGAGUGGUACCAAGAAAAAUGUACACACUGUUGAUAGUGGUUCCUCUUCAGGGGGAGCGAAACAAGACGGAACAAGCAGCGUCAAUGGUAAUAGCACUUUGAAGAGCAACUCCAACAGUAUAAGUGAACGCAGCGGGCGAGGCAGUGGUAACCUUUCAGUCAAUUGUAGCUUUAGAGCAUCCAUAGGAAAAGUAAAUUUAAUUUUGUACUGUCAUGAGAAUGUGAAAAAGUCUGUACAGCUGACCGUGGACACGUUCGAAUACUAUUUUAAAAAUUAUAUAAACAAUGAUUUUGCUUAUCACAUCCGUUUGAGUGACGCGGGUGUGAACUUCCUUUACAAGGGGAGGAAGUACCCCCUCGUGGAACUCUUCCCGCAGCAUGCACGGCAACAUGUGUCGAGGCCACACCACCAUGGAGAGGGAGCCGGGCACAAAAAAGAUUUAUUCAAAAAGGGCAAGUGGAAGAACAAAGCCUACCUGUUGAACGCACAUCUGGGAGAGGGGGCAGCUGCUGUUAGCGCAGCGGCUGUCAGCGCAGCGGCUGUCAACGCAAAAGGGGGAGCGGUAGAAGGCGAACCGAUGGAACCUGUUGCCGUACAAGGGCAGACGGCCAAAGUAGAGGCAAACAAACAAAGUGAAUCACAAAAGGCAGGUCACCCCGAAGUGCGUGUUACAAAACAAGGCGAAAAUGAUAAAGCGGAACAGGAACACCUUAAAGAGUUUAUAAGAGAACCGGCGCUAACCCUAUUUGUGUAUAAAAAGUUCGACACCUCCCAAAGCAAAAUAUAUGUUCGUUGCAACCAAAAUGUACUUAUCACCUUGAGCAUUCGGGAAAUUCACAAAAUUAUGAAUAUAAAUUAUAGGUACGACACAUUAGACUUGGAAAAAAAAAUAAAAACGUACAAAAGUUUAUACUACUACUACCUGCUAGGGAAGAAGUACUGCAAGGAAUUGUACGUAGCGUCAGAAAAGGACUUUGUUGAUAUGAAUCUUCAGUUGUUAAAUAAUGUGUACGUGAAUUUGGUGUUAAAUAAAAAGUACUCUCUUCUCGUACGACUUAAGAAGAUUCGAUGGAAUUCCUUUUUUUUUACCAAGACACAUUUGAGGAGCCAUGUGGAUCGACUGAUUAUGCUGUCCGAGCAUAAUGAUUUGCAUAAUGAUUUGCAUACGGAGGGAGCCCAUGGGGAGGAGGACGAGUCCAGGAAGAAACAGCAGCAGCAGAAGCCCCCGCGGAAGGGCCUCGAGGGGGCGGCGGGGUCACAGUUUGGCGGCUCCGCCUCCUCCGUGGAUCACCUACCGCGCGAGGGACCCAGCAAGGACGCAGACAGUAAAGGGGACGAUAAAAAAGACGAUAAAAAAGACGAUAAAGAAGGCAAUAAAGGAGACGAUAAAGCAGAAAAGGAGGCAGACACCGCGCCGCACAUCGCCCAGCACGACAGUAGUGCCGCUUUGGGACCCGCACCCGAUAAGGGCGGCGAGCACGCUGGAGCAAAUGCCCCCCAGGAGGGGAGCUCGGGCCCAAAUAAGGCCAGUGCAGAGGAUGCAGUGGAUAUGUCGAGCAUGAAAACCGACAAGGCAGGGCAAGCCUCUACCGGAGGGACCCCGCCACCGCUGCCCCACGAACAAACGACGAACGAACAACAGGGUCCAAGUAACAAGUGCAUCGUUCACGAAGACACUUCCAUAUGUGAAGACAAUAAAUUAACAAUGAAGUACAGAAAACAUUAUCAAGCAUUUUUGCGGAGCAACAAUUUAGCAGAUGUGGAAACGGCUCAAAAAAUAUGCGUGAAUAAUAACUCAUGUAGUUUCAGUAAUGAGUGGAGUGUAAAUGGUAGGGCGGUCGCUGAUGAAGUGAGUGAGCAGUUGGUCAAGGGAGGAGAGCUGAGUAGUCAUGGCGGAGGAAGUGAGUGCCCACAAAUUGCACGUGAGAGGUACAUUUUGAAUAGCCAGAGGAAGAAUUUACGAAAUGAAAAAGUAGCAUCCAGCAUGGAUGUGAACUUGGAGAGACAAUUCAGUGGAGAGCUUUCCUCCAUUAGGGAAGUGGACCUUGUUGAUGAUGCUGAGGAGGACCGAGAAGAAAGCGCCAUUACGACCAUAGAACAAACGAGAGUAAGUUUUGAAUUUUCCAUUUUCAUGAUUAAGAAUAAAAGUGAUGAUAGCAUGCAGAAUGCCCUAACCAAUAAAAAUGAAACAAACAAAAGGUACCUACUGAAGCCACAAAAAAUUUAUGUAGAUCAAAUUACAUACAACUCAAAUGACAACACUGAAAAGAAAUUAAUUUUUGUUCAUGGUAAGGAUAAGCAUCACUUGAGUCUGAACAUGGAUGAUAAAGCAGUUUUUAAAUUUGUCUUUUAUUAUUUCCACUACGCAAACUACAUAGAUUGUGUUACUCGUUAUUUUAUAAGCAACAAUGACGAGUGCACUUACUUGAAUUUAAACACCAUUGAUUUUCGAAGUUAUAAGACUUUGCAAAUUUUGCUCGACAAUGCGGUGGCCAGCGGAGAGGGCCAAGUGCAUGGGGAGGAGGUCACGGUGGAGGAGGUCACGGUGGAGGACGUCACGGGUGGUGACGGUGACGCGGCGAAGGAGGUCAUGACUGGUCAAGGUGACGGUGAGAAGGAGGUGACGGCCGGUGAGGGUGACGCCGAGAAGGACGAGGCGAGGACUCGUAAACCUCACGAAGGAGAGAGGAGGCGCGAAAGAAAGGACAGCCUAAUGAGUCAGCACAAUCGCCACUUCAGUCAACACAACCGAUACGCAAAUAAUGAGGAGCACACAGGGAGGGAAUACGACCCCUACAUGGACAAGACCACCGAAGGAAACAAACAAGAAGUUAUUGUUUUCGUUCAAAAGGCAAAAUUUCAUUUUAAUAAUUACAAAAGGAACAAGCGAAUGAUAUCUGUGCAUUUGUCGGAUGUGCUCAUAUAUACCUUCAACGAUGCCUGUGUCUCUACCAUGGCUCUAAGUAUGAAAAAGAUAAACCUAUUGAAUUGUUUGCUGAGUGAAGCAUAUAAGAAGAAUUUCAUUUCUUAUAUAGAGAGAAGAAGUGUGUCCAGUAAGAUGAGCAGGAAGAACUCAAAACACAAUGAGAUGAAGAAGACCAACAGUGGUGGUAGCAUUUAUUUUUAUAACAGUGUACUCAAGUUAGUAAACAAUGGAAAUUUUCUGUUCUCAUAUUCGUGUAGAAAUAAUGUACCUAGUGGUCCUCCACAACAAUUGCAAAACGGAUCGUAUAUGAAAGAUAAAAGGAACUCUUUGUCUUACGGCAAAAUGACUGCAGGAGGGGCGGAGAGCACUCUCGGGGGGGAGAGAGGUAUUCAUAAAAGAAUGAGAGUCGGGGCAGAAGGGGAAGAAUCUAAUGGAGUGCGCUACUUCAAGACUGAUAAUUAUAGGCGCUUAAAUAAUAUGUAUGCAGAUAAAGGGGUGAGGAAUCUGAAUCAACCACACCAAAAGAAAUUAAAGAAGAGGCACAGCACUAGUGUGGACUUUGUGAACACCAGUUACUACAAUAAUUUGAACACAGAUUAUUUUACUUUUAAUGUGGACAACAGCCCGAACGGCGAAGAGACCAAGUUGUUGACGGGGGCAGAGACAUGUGUGGACGCCUCCGUGGGGGAACAAACCCGGGGCAAGGAAAACGUGCGGUAUGAGAGUUGCGUGGAGGUGGUGGGUGGCGAAGCGGCGCAGGGGGAAGCCUCUGCAGCAACAGCCCCUACAGCGGCGCCAAACAAGCCGGAUGAGACGCAUAAUAGUAAUGACCUCGCAGAGGGUGCGUUGAACGAAAGGGACGGCCCCAAGGAGGACACCACCACGAACAACCCAUCCAGUGGGUCCAUCCCGGACAGUCCACAGCCGAAUGAGGGUAGCCACAAAGGAGAGGGCAGCCAAGAUGGAGGUAGCUCAGAGGGAAAGUCCUCCUCAAAAAAUAAAAGAAGGUCAGAGCAUGAAAUAUACAAAGCGGAGGAUGUGAAGAGGGCGAAACGAGUGCAAGGCAACAACACCAUUGUCGUAGAUGCAACGGAUGGAGGUGAUCAUGAAGGUGAAGCACAUUGUGAGAUGGAUGGUGCCCCCCCCGAUGGGGCAAACAAAAACAAAGAAGAAAAGGAAUACGAAGAGGCAGAGCAUGAAGAGGAGGAAGAGGACGAUUUUUACCCCGAACAGGAAGAAGAGGAUUAUGAGGAAAAAUACCAAUACAUGAAAAGGAAACAAAAUGAAAAUAUAACAAAUGUACAGCUCUAUUUAGUUAAUGCAGAAUUGAUUGUGGACUACUUGUACUUGCUCAACUUGUACAAGUGGUUAUGUAAAUUAGGAAAAAAAUUUGAACAGAUUAGAGACAUUUCCUCGUAUGCGUACUCAGAUAACAACUCUGUGGAUGAGAGUGCCAGUGUGAAUGUGAACCCGGUGAAGUACAGCUACAGUGCCUUUUUACAAAACAAUAGAAUCUGUGUGCCCAUAUAUCACUUCACCAUUACGCAAUACACGUUUUACGAGAACGUGCGGUGCAAUUCUUACGUGUCCCUGCUGCCCGUGCUGGAGCUGCACUUUUCCGCGUCGUGCAAGGCGACCAACGAACACGAUGAGGAGACCAAGUCUAUUCAAGUGUGCAGCCUCGGGAGCAAGCUUGUCAUUCCAGCCUUGAAUAUAUACACCCAUAAAAAGAACAAAAAGUGCAGCAUCUGUAUCCUGAGUUUCAGCACCAAGGAUAAGGGCAAUGAGACCAUUCUAAACGACCUGCGCUUUCAAAUAAAUGUGAAGAAGAAAAUAAAGUACGAUGAUGCACAGGAGGACGAUCACAGUAGCAGUACGAGUAGCUGCUACGAGAACAUGAACCUGCUCCCCUACUACUACGACCCCAAGUAUAAUUCGCUGAACACAUACUUUUCUGCGAUGACGCCGCAUUCGGUGGAGGACGGAGAAGAGGGCAGUGGGCAUUUGUAUGGAAAGGAAAUCAUAAGCAUACACAAUGACCCGCUCAUCAUUAACGUGUCACAGGACAUUUUAAAAAAUGUAUUGUUGUGCCACAGCAUGUUUAUGUGUUUUGUGGGUGCAUGCACGGGAGUGGAGGGGGACGCAGCGGUGGGCAACGCGGUUAGCGGUGCAGAGGAGGGACAACAGAGUUUCGUGCAGGACGCGCUGCUCUACCUUUACAGAAAGGCGCAAGAAGUGUUAUUCGAACACCACCUGGACGAUCUGCGCCUACACUUUUAUAACGGAAACAGCAACCGCAAUAUGCCCAUCAUCGUACUAAGCGUAUUUAACCUCAAGCUCUUCCUCCAAAAGGACGCCCAACACAUAUACAGCUUCUUCAACCUCCAUGUGAACAUUGACGUGUUCGAUAGGUACAAGAUUGUAUAUGAUACUCUGUUGGAGAAAAUGGAAAUUCUGUUGGUGUUUGAAAAUGAAAGAAAAAAUAUACGUCUAAUGAAUUUUAAGCUUGAGACCUCCAUUAUCAACAUCCUAUAUGCAAACAAGAGUAAAAAUAUAAUUAUUGAGUUUGUGAUUUCUUUGCUGGAGAAUGCACUGACCUUUUUGAAUUAUUAUGAGUACGGGAGUGGUAGUCCUAUGUCACGUGGCGGCGCCCCCUAUGUGCAAGACUCCCCAGGGGGGGAAGUAGCCGCAGGCCGCGCAACGCUUCUGUAUGAUGACCGAGGAAUUGUGAUACCGAAUUUUGCACUGAAGAACGCCAUGGCGGUUGGACAAAGGAGGAGCAAGAGAAGCGCAAAGCUGUCCAUGUCUGCGCCUCACACAUCCUCCAAAAUAUAUAAUUACACAGGACUGACGAUCAACGUGAGAUUUAAACAAUCACUAAGGAACAAAAUGCAAAACAGUUUCUACAAGAAUAAAAAUAAAAAUAAAAACCGUUUUAUCUUUUACGAGUUACAGAAGAAUGAACAUGGAGGAUUGCUCAAUGAUGAAAAUGGAAAAGUCUGCGAACUUGUGGUCAUUCUGAAAAUUUUUAAUUAUGUAUAUGAGAUUGUGGAUAUUGAGAGGACGAAAAAUAUUUGUGACAUUCGAUUCCUUCCAAUCAUAUAUCACUUAAAGAAGACAAACAAGAAGAGAAAAAUCACCAUUAAGAAAUGUGACCUCACAUACGAUACAUAUAAUGAACAUACGGUGAAGAAUAAAGUUUUUAAAACUUUUAUUAAGCUGUACAUACAAACUAACAUUGAUGAAAAGGGGAUCGUGUCCAUAUACUUCUCCUCCAAUUUGUAUGUAAACAACACCACGAGUAGUAAAUUUGUCAUUCUGUUUCAUCCCAUUUUGCAUUACUUCUUAAGACACAAUGAAGCACAGCAUCAUGUUCAUAACAAGAUUGAUCAUGUUAACAUGGCUAACCGGGAAGACACCCACACGAGCACCAGUGGUGGUGCAGAUAAAGCGGCAGCAGGGACAGCAGGCGGAGGCGCAGUCACUGUCAUAGGCAGGAGGGAGAAAUACUACUUACCAUUAAUCUCCUUCGUGCCCAUUAUGAUUCUGUUUGAUUUUAUGAACAGCAGGUGCAACUCCAGUGAGGAACACGGAGACCACGAUAGCAGCUGCGGAGGAGACGGAGAGGGAGAUGGAGAGCGAGAGCGAGAGCGAGAAAGCGACUCUGGAGGAAACAUGCAAAACAUCAGUUCGUGCGUGGAGAAAGAAAUGAACGCAAGGAGGAAACGCAGGAGAAAGAGCCACUCCAUGAGCUUCUCCCAUGAGGAAGGCAGUCCUAUUGGUGGUGCAGCAGCCAUAGAAGAAGGACACUCCAUGGGGGUGAAGCCUUGUCAGAGGGAUGAUGACGUUGGAGUUACCCCCACCGAUGGGACACCCAGAAAUCGCAGAAGCUUAUCCCUUUUGAACAAAAACAAAAUGAGCAAAAUAUUAAAGAGGUUGGAAAAAUACCUGAACGAAAAUAGCCAAAGUCAUAACCUAAAAAAUAUUAAUUAUGUGUACAUUGUGAAGAAGGAGUUCUACGACUUUUACAUGCACAAAUAUGAACAGAGCAGGAAGUGCUACUUUGAUGUCUUUAACUUUUUAAUUAAAAGUGGAGCGAAAAAGUUACUUGGAAAUUCUUCCAUUAAGGAAAUCGUGUGCAGGCAGUCCUUGGACUUUUUAAAAUACAAUUUGUAUGCCCAUACACUCAAGUUGAGGGCCAUGAAGGUCAUUUGCUACGACAGGAAAGGGGGGGGCGGAUCUAAUGAGAGAAAUGAGGAGGACGCAUCCAAGGGAGCUGUGCGUUCCGAGGUGCAAGGUGCGCUGCCCACACAUAAAGGAGGAUCAGGAGGAGGAUCAGACGGGUUGGUACCGCCACUGAUAGGCGGCACGGUGCCAAUUGGCCACUCGGUACAGGACACCAUCGGUGGAAGUUGCAGGAGUGGCCUGCCCAGGAGGGACUCCCUCUGUGAGGGGAAGACACUCAUGGCCAUCAUGAACAAUUAUGAGAACGAAGGGGGGGGCCUGAAAGGGAGUGUCCGAGGCAGCGUCAAAGGGAGUGUCAACGGGAGCGUGAAAGGUAGCCUGAAAGGUAGCAUGAAAGGUAGCGUCAAAGGCAGCGUGAAUGGAAGUGUGAAGGGAGGCACGGUGGGGCGGCUGGACAGACCCAGACGCAGGUCGAGUGAACGAAAGAUGAGUGGCCUGCUCCUGGGCAAGGAGCGAAGGAUCUCCAAAAUAGGAAGCAUAACAUUGUACGACCUGGGAAGGGGCCCAAUAGGGCGAAAGUGCGUACGAAACAGUGAGUUAGGGUUCGGUCGGUACGUUACAAGGGAUGAGCAGGAGGAGGAGGAGCAGCAGCAGCAGGAAGACACGCAGCGCAGGGGCAGCGUAGACUACAGCGCAGUAAGUGGAGAAAGCGUUGACGCCACUGGCAACGUUGACGAGUCGAAGGACAGCGUAGAGAAGCAUGCCGGAAGAGAAUCGCACACGAUUAGCAGCCGAGACGAAGAGAGAAGUAAAAAGCUCGUGUUCACGGCUCAGAAGCAGUGCAACUAUAGCAACACAGUCAUUUGUGAACAGAAGAAUUUAGAAGUGAAUAAAGUAUACUCAUUUGGAAUUUUAAUAAAUUACAUAUUCGAAGUACACAACUUAAUGUUUGAAGAAAUAAAAAUUGGUUAUUGUGAAAGGUACGUAAUAAAUAGCGUUGCAAAGAAGGUAAAGAGGAUCAGGAAGGAUGUAGUAUCAGCCAAGUCGGUUAGUUACUUUGAUGUGAUCCCUACCUACAUCAAACUCUUUUACGUCCUCCAAAAGGAUAAUUACAUGUAUAAUUUUUUUUCCAAAAAAAUUGAAUUACAAUCGAUGAGACAUACUUAUGAAGAUAAAUCAUUUCAAGUUCAAAUGUACAUUGGGUAUAUAAAUGAUAAUGAAAACAACGUCAUUUAUAAAAAGAGGAGAUUCAAAUUGAGUUACCUUUUGUGUAGAAGGAAUAAGGCCAAUUAUGGUAGUAGGAAAAAGUAUGUGUAUUUGGGUCCAAAGGACUAUGCAAAAUUGUGUAAAGAAAUUCCAAAAUACUUUUUUCUUAAUCUAACUUUGAGGAAAAAAAGUAAUUUCACAAAUGCAAAUUAUGAUGAGAAUAACUUGAAGCACUUGGUCGAUAGUAACGUGUCGCAGUUGCUUAUUUAUUCUUCUUUUUUUUUUCAAAACAAUUUGUGUAAUGACUUGAUCGUGAAGUCCAGUGGUGGGAAUGCACAAAAGAUUAAAAGCAAUUCCGGGAUGUUUUUUGGAACUACUGAAAAGAGCAAGGUCGUUUUUGAAAUUGUGUCUAACAACCAGACAUUCCUCUCGAAGAAAAUAAAAAUGCAUGAGGUGUGUCUGAACAAAAAAAUUAUUUUAACAAGUAAGAAUAAACAGGAAAACAUUUUUCUCUCCAUGAGUAUUACUUUGAAUGGGAAAUUUUACAACACAAAGACGGUCACGCUGAACAAUAGGUACACCAUCGUUAACAAUACGAACAGGUGGUUGUAUGUGGAGGAGGUCAGCAAAGAGUUUAAGAUAAGAAAGAAGGAGAAGAAAAACCUCAACUUGAAGUUUCCUACUACUAACUAUUCCUUCUCCAUGGAAGGCAUGAAUAACAAGAAGGGUGUGAAUUGCAGUGAACGUUUGGCCAAGCGAAUUAAUAUUGCCCCCAGUGAUGCUAGUGAGGAGUCCAGUGGGGGAAAGGGAGGCAGAAAAAAAGGAGAAGCAAGUGGUGGUGCGGGAGGAGGAGGAGGAGGAAGUGAUCUCCCUGCGCGUGUCGUACAAAUAAAACCCUACGAGUCGUUUUACUACCACCCCAUAAACACAAACAAGUGCUUGCUCAAAUUUUCUUACACGGACAUUAACGCUUGUAUGCGAGACGAGCAAUUUCUUCGUAGGGGUGGAAGCUACGAAUGCAUGAACAGCGAGAACGACGUUACUAACCUAUUCAAUAAUUAUUUGAAAAAAAAAAUUAUAAAGUCGAGGAAUAUGUCGUCCAUGAUGAAUGGGGAAAAGUCUGGUUGCUUUUCGGAGCGCCCACAGGACCUUCGAAAUUUAUUUUUCACCAGCCCAGUAGAUAUUGAAAAGGUGGGUAAUUUGAAGAUUUAUCAUAAGGCGAUAAGGCGAGUGGAGUGUGUUGACUUUGGGAGUGACUCACCGGGGGGAAGGACUUGCGGCGGUGGUGAAGUGAUGGACACGGAGGGCACCGUUAGCGGUACUAUAAGCGGCACCAUGCGCUUGAGCAAGGGGAAUGGUCUGACAGGAGACACGGUCCUGUUGGUUGACGGAGAUCAUAAAGAGAGUGAUGUGGGAUCAAGGCGUAGUGCAGAGUCGUGCGAGAAUUUCGUCAUUGAGGUAGCGUCCCAGGGGGGGGCAGCAGCAGCAGCAGUCCCCUCGACCAAUACUAACGGUGCCGUGAUGCGAAGUAGUACCUCCCCUAAUAACCGAACCCAUGAGUAUAAAGAAGAGAGUGUGAUAACAGAAGUGAACAUAGCCUUGAACAGCGACACCAAUGUAGAAAUAACCGUAUCGAUUGAAAAAAGUCCCGACACCAUCAUUUGCAAUUUGACUAAAUAUUAUUUAAUAUAUUACCAAAGGAAAACAAAAAAAAAAAUUGUAAAUCUGUUGAAGCCAUUUGGAAGAGAAAUAUUUGGCUGGUCUGAUGUGUCGAAGCCAAAAAUCAUCAAGUGCUUUUUAAUAUGCCAGAAGAAUGAAGUGUAUGUUUUUUCCUGCAGUGUGAAUAUAGUGAAGGAACACAAUAAUAUUAUAUUGAAUGAACAGAGAAAGAUUAAAGUGGUGACGAAAAUUGAGAAUGGCAAGAGAGUUUUUUGUUUGGAGGAAUUGUCACAUGAUGUGAAGGGAAAUAUUCAUUCGUUAGGUCUUUUACCGGCGUCUUAUACUUCCAAGAGGAAAGGGUUUAGUCGAUUUAAAAGGACAGGCAAAGUACAUAAGAAAAUGAAUUUGUAUAAUAAAUUUGAGUCUAGCACUGAAUUUAAGAAAAGCCAAGGGGGUGUAAGAAAUGUGAAAAAUGAAGAUGAAAUGAAAAAGAAAAAAUUGACCUUUCUUCAUAAGAAGAGAUUUAAUAUUGUUUAUAUGAGGAAGAAAAAUAGGAAGAAGAAAAAAAUGAAAAAGAAUAAGUACUUUAGUAUUGCGUCCUUUUUUCUGCUCAAAAAUAUGGACCUCUCCGGGAGACCCAAGAAGGGGGAGGGAGAAAAUGACGCGGCAGUUGUACAAGACAGUGCCAACCCCAGCUUCAACAGCGGUGGUGCUAGUAAUUUGAGGGAGUCUGACGGCGCACAAGGGAAAAGGACAAAGACGAGUUCCAUCCUCGCCAAAAGCGAAGAUAAAAAGGCCCCCCCCGUGAAGAAGUCGUCCUCCAAGUAUAGGAAAUUCUCCUCAAAAAAGUAUAUCAAUCGUUUUUUUAAUGAAAAUUACACGAAGAGAAUGAAGAGCGUGACGGGCAAGAAGAAGAGGAUAGGCGUGUGGCGCAGGCAGGACUCCAAGGGGGGCGUCACCGUCCAGGGGGGAGACGAAGAUGAUGAAAAUGUACACGAUGGAGGCGUAUUCGAUGAACAGGUGCACGACGAGGAUGUAGAUGCCGAUGUAGAUGCCGAUGUGGACGCCGAUGCGGACGAAGGGCUGGACGGGGAGAAGGCCCAGGCCAAGAGCUACCUAGACACGUACCUGAGCAAGGAGGCAAACCUCCAAACGAAGAAAAAGAAAAGUAAAAAACAAAAAAAAAAAAAAAAACUGCAAAGGAAGCUCAGCGAUUACAUACUUAAGAAGAUAAAGAACAACCAGAAGAAGCUGAAGGGUCUGACGAAAAUUUACCCCACCUUUUUGAAAGGCAGCGGUGGAGGAAGACGCCGGAGAAGAGACGAUUUGAACUUCCUCAUGAGUAGCUACAUUGAUGGUAGAGAUGACCAGGAGGAGGAGAAUGCCAAGGGGGGAAGUGUCAAGGGAAGAAGAGGAAGUGCACUUGAGGAGGACACCAUGUUGAUGGGUGCCAUGUCCGCUAAUGAUCCUCAUGAGCACAGCGAGGAUGGUAGUGAUGUAGGAGAUGGUAAUGGAGAAGACUCACACAGCGACAGUGAACAUUGUGUGGGAAAGGAUCGACCGUAUGAACAGAAAAGCGCUUUGAAAAAAAAAGGAGCAAGCCAAAUAGAUAAAAAAAAUAAAAAGGAAGAAAACGAAGUGAAGAAAAUUUUUACAAAUAUUCACUUAAUGAUGAAAGGAAUAAAAAUAAGUUUGUUCGAACCCACUUCAGAUUACAUGAUUACCAUGGAGUUGAAUAAUUUAAUCGUGAAAAAAGCCUACAUGGAAGACAUAAAUUAUUUCAACGUGGACGUAAAGGUUGACAAUGUAUUAUGUUAUGUGGUGUAUAAAUAUUUGAGCGCCUACGCCAUUCUGUAUAUUAACAACGAUGUAAAUAUUAAGAAUAGCAACUUACGUUAUUUUAUUAACGAGUUGGAGAUUAAGCGGAAUUUAUUUUUAAAAAAAAAACGUCGUGGUAAGAGUGAACGUGGGUCUUAUGCUUCUUCCAUAUCUGCUUCUUCAUGCGCAUCUUCUGCGUCUUCAUUGCAACUGUAUAACCGAAAUGGAGAUAAAAUGGACAAGUGCUACGACGCUGCUUCGAAUACAGAAUUCUUAGUUUGUAAUUUCCAAUAUAUGAGGAAGUGCGAAACGCUUUUCAUCAAAUACUUCCUUCUUAGCAUCAAGCCGAUAGUCAUAAACGCAGACAUAAAUUCAAUCACCAUUCUUUUUUACUUCUAUAAGACGUUUGGUAGCUAUGGAAAGAAGAGGGAAGCGUCGGGAGAAGAGGCGGUGGUGGUUGGUGGUUUGGCUGCUUCUCACCGUGUGGGUAGGAUCGACCAGGGGUUGGCUCCUGCACAGGCAAGGCAACUGAAGAACGAGCUCAAGGGUAGCUGUCACUCCUCGAUGGACCCAUUUGAGACUGUGGAGAGGUCUGCCGAGAGGGACGUGCGAGAUCAGGAGAAGGGUUGGGGAGAGGCGGUUGGCCAAGUAGGCACUUCCGCUGUGCAUGGCGGCCACAUGAAUGGUGUCCACAUGAAUGGCGAACUGAUUGAUGGAAAUGCAAUUAGUGGUAACUCAGUUAGUGGUGUCCCGUUUAGUGGUGGUUUUUUUUUGGGGGGAAAUCCCUCGUGUGGACGUGAGGAAAGAGCCCCCAUAAGCGGAACGCUCGAGAAGAAGGAAGAGACAAGCAGCAACAAGUAUGUAUACCUGCAGUACAUCAGCAUUGAUAAAAUAAAUAUCCUCUUGAACUUCCAAUCGGAGUACAAAAAGGAAUUGAAUAGCCAUGUGAGCAAUUUAUUUUACAAGGAGUAUAUAAGUGCUUAUAACAAGCUAGGGGAUAUUUCUAACUGCAGCAUUUGUCUGAAGAGUCUCUCGAACAUUCACAUCUUUACCAACUACACCCUCUUGUCCAACUUCCUUCUGAACUUUUAUUUUAACCAAACGAUUGUGAAUAUAUCGAACCUGUUGAUCUCGUUUAAUAUUAUUGGAAGUCCGACAUCGUUUAUUGCUCAUGUGAAGAAAGCGUUUCGUGAGUUCUACUACAUUGUGAGUGAGGACAGUUCGUUGAGGAAGGGGAGUAGCAGCAUGAAUGAUAAAAGGAGACUUAUGAGGAUGCGCAGAAGGCACUGCAAGGAUAACUUAGCACAGGAGGAACUAUAUACGAAGGUUCAGGAGAAGGACGAUUUGUUAAACUUGUUUGAAGGGUCCAAUGAAAGCUCUCUUAUUGGGGAUAAGGACGACAUUAUGGGCAAUGAGAGGUACAUUAUGCACCUUUUGAAUGAUUACAAUAGCUCCUACCAGGACAACAUGAUGAGUGAGGACCACCACCUCAGCAUGAUCAGGCGAAGCGUCAGUUGGGACAUGGUCAAGAAGGACUACGAUGAGGACGCAUGCAGUGCUAGAAGUGGGAGAAGUGGAAGAAGUGGAAGAAGCGGACGGAGAGGAGUUGACCCAGUUGGUGGUGUCAGUGAUGAGAGCCACUCGAGCGACGCCAGUGAUGUUGUGGACCUCUGCGGUGUGGACCAUGUGACGGGCGUCGUGGAUACGUGUGACCUAGUGGCUGUGAGUGGGGUCAGUCGAAAUGGCGACGACGAGGACUUUUGUGACAAUGCCAACUACCUCUACAGCAGUAACCUAAAGAGCCGCGAGUUGGAGAACCUAGUCAUUGAUGAUAACGAGUCGCUCAACUCGGUUCUGUUUAAUAACCAGAAGGAGGACCUGAUUCUGAUGGACGGGGAUCGCCGCCGCAGGAGGAGGAGGAGGGGCGGUAAGCGCGACUCUAAGCGUGAUUCGAAGCGGGAUUCGAAGCGAGAUUCUAAGCGUGAUUCGAGGCGAGACUCUAAACGAGACUCUAAACGCGAUUCAAAGCGCGAUUCUAAGCGCGAUUCAAAACGCUCGUCCAACCGAUCCCAGAACGGCACGAGGAAGGGGGGAAGGAAAAGGAGGAGGUGUUUGCCAUCGUUGCUGCGCAAGUGUUGGGGAAACGUGUGUUACGUGUUUCUAAGGGCAAAGAGGCUCUGUAUAGGGGUGUACGUCUUAACAUUUCAGCUGGUGCUGUCCUUGCUGUUCUCAGUGACGCUGAUCUUACAAUCCUUAAUCAGUCUAAUUGAAAAAAUAAAUAUUAACACAGCAGGAAAUGUGUUUCGAAUAUACCGAAGGAAAGAAGAGGGAAAAAAAACAGUAGCCUUCAACUGCGUUGAGGAGUACAAAAAUUUUGACCUGACCAAAUUACUCUCGUACUACGUGAGCAUUUAUAUUAACAUGAUCAGUCUAGUGUAUUACAACGUCCUGUACAAAAUAAGAAAGAAGAGGAAGAAGGAUCUUUCAAAUGAAAAUAAAUUAUUCAUGUCUAGCUUCAAAAUGAAUUUGAAUAAAAGAAGAAGAUUAUCAUUUUUCUUUAAUUUUUUAUUAAGUAUUGUUCAGAUUAUAAAUUUAUUUUUUUUCGGGCACCUGGUAUUUUUCCUCUUGUGUUUGCUCACCAUUAAUACAUUGUUUCAAAGGGUCCUUCGUUUUUUCGUGGAGCUAGUAUACUUGCAGAGGAAUAAAAAUCAAUUAGAUUUCUUCAAUAAUGCUAACAGGAACCAUUUGAAUAUUGUGAGUUACAUAAGGAUUCAUCAGAUUUUGAAUAGGUACACCAUGUUGAAGGAACCUUUUAAAUAUUUUUUGUCUUACCAGGACUUCUUUGAAUUGCCUGCGCUGAAGAAGGUCAGUUAUUUUGUGUACACCAAGGAACUUUUUUUUCACAUCCAGGAUAAUAGAAUUAAUUUUUUAUUUCGCAAGAGCGACUUGAAGAAGAUUGAUGUGAUUAUAAACACUGUGAGCAACAGCUUCGCCAUUAACAGUUAUUAUAGGCGUCGGGCCCAGCGCUCCUCGCGGAAGAGCAGCUCUAGACACACCCUUUCGCGGAACACGCUCUCCAACUGCACCAUCACCAUGGGUAGGUUUUCCCCUUCACCGCGUUGCUGCGUUGCGCGUCAUACUUAUGGCGCUACUACAGCGGAUAACCUGACCUGCGAUGAGCACCCGCCGAGCGGCGAGUCGUCCCUCAGAAACAAAAUAUGUGAGUCGAACGACAUCACGGAAAAUAAAAAUAUCAUUUGCUUGCUGAACGCGGAACUAGCUUUAACCAAGAGAAACGAAAUAAUCAACUUAAACAAAAAAACAAAUGAGCAGGACAUCUCAAUUAAAAUUACCAUCCGCAACAACAUGAACGUCAUGGAGAAUGUGUACUACAGCCCCACCAAGUUCUUCAGAUCAUUUUCAAAAAUACAAAAGAGGUUCAACAAUAUUUACUUGUCCUUGGCGAAGAGCGCAAAUGAGGAAGCUAAGAGUAGUACGGCCAAAUGUCACAGUGGGAAAAAGGACACGCAGAGUGGACGGGACGCUUCAGGAAAGAGGAGCCGCGGCUGUUUUGGCGCCAUCUGGUACGCGGUGAAGAGCCUGUUCGCGUGCUUCUUUUUAUUUUUGUGCUGUUUGUGGAUACCCAAGAAAGGCGCAGCUGGAGACAAGGGGAGUGGCGCUCAUGAAAAAAAGGGUCCCCAGGAGGCGAAUGAACAAGGUGUUAAAGAAGAAGACGGGGAACAGAAAAACAAAAAAAUGCGCAACAAGGAUUACAAAAAAAUGGCUCCCAAACAUAUUAGCUUUAAGCUCAAUUUUGAUGACUUCCAGACCUGUUUAAAUAUUUUUGAAUGUCUGUGUCGGUUUGUUAACAAUAACUAG